AUGGAGCUUUCAGAUCUCUCCACGCGUCUACGCGACCUGGAUCAUCGCCAGUAUGUCCGCUAUGUUGACGAGCGGACGGCAGAUGCGCGCACGAGGCUGUUUCUCCUGAUCCGACACGCGUUGAGGCCGGCGCAAAUCAUACGACAGCUCAGGAGGCUUGGCUAUGCCGCGACACCCCAACUGGGCCGGACGCUUCUGUGGGACGAACGACCACCACCGUCCAAAUUGUACACUACCAGCUACCUGACGGGUCUUCGAGGCAUCGCUGCGGUCAAAGUGCUGACCUUUCACUACUUGAUGGUCUACAGCGACUUCGGCUUCCAACCAUGGGGGGUGGAUCAUCGCCAUACGCAUUUCUUCGAGCUGCCCAUCAUCCGCCUCCUUUAUGCUGGCUUCUCGGCGCACUUGUUCUUUGGCAUCUCAGGCUAUCUAAUUGCUAUACGACUGUUCCAUGCACUUCCCCAACGACAGGGGAAUGCGCAUCCCGACACCUUCACUACGGUGUCUGGUAACCUCUUCCGUAAGGCUUUCAGGCUUUACCUGCCCGUCAUUGCCAUCACAUUCUGCACGGCCAUGUAUAUCUACUUAGGCUUCUAUGAGACGUACCGACCUCUGCUACUCGACCAUGAGAAGCUCUUCCCCGGCGAUUGGUAUGAGCCCAAGCCCAAGCAGCAGCCGCUGGCGAAACAGCUAGGGGUCUGGAUGCAUGAGCUCUUUGACUUGACCAAUGUGGUGACCGAGAACACGGUCUAUCCUUUCCAUGACCAGCAUAUGUGGGCCAUUCUGGCGGAGCUGCGUGGUACUUUGCAUCUGUACGGCGUUCUGGUGGCGGUGUCGCCGUGCCGAGCCCACAUUCGCCUCGUUGCGAUGCUCGUCAUGAGCAUCCUGUAUUUUUAUUGGAAUCAUUGGGAGGUGUGGGUGUUCAUCCUGGGAGCCAUGGUGGCGCAACUGGACCUGAUUCUGGAUUCCACACCGAGUCCGCCGGUGCAACAUCAUCAUCAUCACCAGGACCACGACUUCGAGCCUGCUCCUCCUGCGCACGUAGGUCGGCCCGUUCAGGAGUGGACGCGGUACGGCGUAUCGACCGCCAAAGAUCGGCGCUUCCAGAGAGUGAUGCGGUAUGCGGCAUUUCUAGUUGCCUUGUACCUGCUGUCGUAUCCUGUGGACGGGGCCCGGGACUACGCGCCUGGGUAUUUGUGGCUCAACAAGCUCAUCCCACGCUUCAUGGUGCGAAAGGACAAGUUCUAUCCGAACAUUGGCACGGCGAUCCUCCUGCUGAUGCUGGCGCGCGCGGAUCCUCAGAGCUCGAGGUGGCGGCGCCUUUUGACAAGUAGCUUUCCGCUGUACCUGGGCAAAAUCAGCUUCGCACUGUUCUUGGUGCACGGGCCGGUGAUGCAUUCGAUUGGCUACAUGCUGCCGCACAAGACGGCGUGGACGUUCGGCACCGAACUGCAGGCGUUGAGCGAUGUACCGUGGGGCUUGGCGGUGGGCUUUGGAUGGGCCAUCACACUGCUUCUGUCGCUGUGGGCGGCUGAUGUCUGGCAUCGGGAGGUGGAGGGGCGAUGCAACGAUUUGACGAGGAAAUUAGAACGGGUCUGUUUUACGGAGCCGCGAUCGUCACCUGUGACCGGUGAGAGGUCCACUGCGUGA